CUUGAACGCGUCGUCGGCACGCCCGCCUCUGCCCUCCCAAUGAAGCGAUCGAUUGAGUUUACGAAGGACGUGAUGCCCAAGCCGCAGAUAUCGCCUGCGAGCCGAAAACAGCGUCGCGAGAGGAGUGCAAACGUUAUGUCGUCGCAGUCUGAUAUCCCUCCAGCAUCAUCGUGCGAUGCCGAGUGUGCUGUGGCGUUCAACACGUGGGUACACCACGAAGAAGCCCAAGACAAAGGUGGGCAGAAGUGGCCCAAGCUCGAUCUGGCCAACAAUCACCGCAUGGCCAUCCAAACACACGAAGAACUCGUGUCCCCUUUAAUCAAGCGCAAGCGCCAACUACCAGCGCCAUCGCUAAGAAAGCGCGUGUCGUUGGUGCCAAACUUGCCCAACGUGGACACGGGCGACAGAAUUGCUACCCAAAAGCAGGAAAUCGCCAACUUGCUCUCUGACAUACAAAAAAGCCGCCACCCGUAUCGAGUACGAAGCGCCACAGAGAAGACAGCACGAGAGGCUGUGACGACUGCGAGACGACCAGUAUCGUCCGACGCCAUGGUUCAGCAACCUCACCCGUCUAGCCAAGUGGCCCAGCGCUACGAUCGUGAGGCAGCCCUCGACGACGACAUUGCCCCAUACGUAUUCUACGAGCCUUUCAGCACAACCCCCCGCGCAUGGAUCGAUCUUUCAGCGUGGACUGCGAUGGAUGGCAACGUCGUCUUGGCGCAGCUAACAAAACACUUGACAAAAUCGUGCACGUCACUCAACUUGUCGGGAUUGCAGGGCGACAUUGCUGUCGAUGUGGUUCACGCGUGCUUCACCAAGUGCCCUAGACUGACCACACUCGUCCUCGACGAAGUGGCGGGCCUUCCAACUGCUGCCUACAAAACAAUCGGCCACCUCUGCCUUUGCCUCGAGCAUCUCCAUCUUGCCAAGAGCCAUGACGUGACGGAUGACUUGCUCCGCGUGAUGUCGUCGGCGUUUCCGAAUUUAAAGACACUAGACUUCAGCCACUGCCAGGACAUCACGGAUGCAGGCCUCGCGUGCGUCCUGAAAAAGACCCCGCGCCUUGUGUCCGUGUCCGUGGCGGGGUGUCCAUAUCUUACUGAGCGAGCCCUGACCCAACUUGCAUCGACGUGUGGGCGAACUCUACAAUCGCUCAAUGUGUCCGACUUGGCCAAGACCACCGACAACGUGGUGGCUUCGUUGGCACUGGCGAAACCAAUCGUCCUUCGCGUCCUGCGCCUACGGAAUGCGCGCCAACUCACGGACGCAGCGUUUGAAGCACUGGUGCAUCCACCGCAAACGUUUACGCAAGCUGUAGCCGUGGCAUAUACUAUCGAUAAGCUCGAUCUCACAGGGUGCGACGGGCUCACGGGGCUAGCUCUGUCGUGGAUAGCGGCUGGUUGUCCGGUUUUGAGAUCUCUCAACCUCACGGGGUGCAGCCGCAUCAACGACAAGGGAUUUCGGGCGCUACAAGGCUGCGCGCACCUGCAAAAACUUCGGCUAGCCAACUGCCCUCUCAUUACCGACGCCGCCGUUGUUCCGGUGCUGGCAGCCACCCGAAGACAUCCGUGGGCGACCAUCGCAUUCUUGCAGUGUCCUGGUAUUUCGUCGGCGACAAUUGCGGCCAUCGGGGACCACUGCCGCCACGUGACGUCGCUGGUGUUGAGUGACAUCGACCCGAAUGUUCCGUCUUGCAACUGGGAACGUAUUUGCAAGCGGUGCACCCAUCUAACCCGGCUGCACCUAUGCCACAUCCCCAACUUGCCACCACAAGGCCUGAUAUCCCUCGCGAGGCAAUCGAGGCUGCGCUUGGCCGAGCUCCAACUGUGCCAUUGCAAUCGCAUCGACACGAACGCCCUGUACCCCCUGCGCGCACUCUCGAAGCUCCGGUCGCUCGUCCUGGCAAGCGACGUCGCCACGUCUGACGGGAUCGCGUUCUUCCCGCCAUCCCUUGUACACUUGAAGCUUGCGGCCCCGCUCAUCGACGACGCGGGAGUUCAGAUGCUCAGCGCUCGGUGCUGGCGACUCGAGAGCCUCGAAGUCCAAGGCACGGGGCGCGUGUCGGGGCGAGUCUUGCGCAGGCUUUUCCGAACGUGCAAAUCCAUGACACGCGUCGCUGUCACCGACUGCGCUUUAAUCCAUCAGGACGAUGUCCACGCGAUGGCCAAGACGAAAACCAACCUGAAGCUACAGGUGACCCGCCACUCGCCGACAUCGUACGAGGUGGCCCCAACGCAGCACACGACGAUGCUGCGUACUUUUCGCCGAUACGUUCAACUCGCUCGGACGCACGACGCGGCGGCCAAGAUGAUUCAGCACUUUUACAUGACUGGCGUUGUCACGACCGAAAACAAGUUCAAGUUUCAAUCGCAGUUGGUCGAGUUGACGCGAUGUGUGCUGCGCAUCCAGCGAGGGUACCGGGUCUUUCGAGAUCGUCGGCGGGCGGUGCUCUUGAUGCAGUACAAGCUUCGAGCCGUGCGGUACAUUCAGCGGUGGUAUCGGAAGCAUCGCAUACGUCGACGGAUGAAUCGAGCGACGCUGUUCUGGACCAAACGAUGUCUAGUGCUCACGUUUCGCGCGUGGAAGAAAACACACCAAGCCGAGAUGGCCGAGCGUGAAUUUGCAUGGCAAACAUCGGCCACCAUCCAAGCGAUGCAGCUGUGGUCCAAUAAGACGUUGCGAGGCGUGUUUAGCUCCUGGCGCACCAUUGUCGUGCAGAAGCAAGCAAAGGUGGCAAAAGCGAAAGGCCUCUGGUCCGCUCAAACCGUGCCCAAGCGCUUCCGUCACUGGAAACUGCAAGUCGAACUAGCCAAGUGGCUGCGCAAGGCGAUCGUGGUCGUAUGGCUGACUGUGGUCGCGCUGGAAACCCACAACUCAACACGGCAGUUGUUUCAAAUACACAAAGCCCAGACGGUGCAUCUCAGGAAAAUCUUGAAGCGGUGGAAGCAAUUCGUGAAGGACGAACGGUUGUUCGUUGUUAAGGCGACGGCGGCUAUCUUUGCCAACAAAGUGGAAGCAUGGGCAUUUCGCACGUGGAGAGUUCGCGUCGAUGAGCGUCGGCGACAACGGGACAAGUGUAAACUCCUGAUGGCGCGAUUCGCCAACCGCGCUCAAAAUCGCGUGUGGCUGGCGUGGCUCGAUUACGUGGCUCGCCGACGCGCCAUCAAACGCGCGGCACUGCAUUUCCAAGGGAACGUUGUAUUCAAAUGUUUUGCCGCGUGGCGGCAAGGCGUAGCCAUGCAGCAUGAGGAGCACGCUAAGCAAUUGCGAAUUGCCCGCCGGAUGAAGAACCUGGGUCUAUUCAACGCGGUUGCCCACUGGCGAGAGUAUGCCGAAGACAAGGUAUACGCAAAAGCGAUAGCCGGGCGCGCGCUGGCCUUUUUUCGCGGCGCUGUCGUCCUACGAGUCUUCCAAGCAUGGCGCCAAUACGCCAACAAGAUGAAGUAUUUGGUUGCUCAAAUGCGAAGUCGCAUGCAAAGCCACUGCGUGGAGAGCUGCUUUCGCAUGUGGUACCGAUACAAAAUGACCCGACGCGUGGAAAUGGCAUCGGCGACCAAAAUACAAGCGCUGUGGCGGGGAGUCGCCAGUCGCCAUGACACGGAAAACCACUACUUUAUGUAUAUUUGGGCAGCGGUGUCGUUGCAGCGAGCGUGGCGUGGGCGCUUUGGGCGUCUCUUGCUUCUCCAGGCAACCCGGCGUCGUCGCCUGCGCGAGUACAAGAAGAUGGAGAGGGAAUGGGAUGCCAUGGAGGCCGAGGACGCCGACGCCGCCGUGUACCGACGGCAGCUCAACAUGAUCCUGCUCAUUCAACGAACUUGGCGCGGCAAGGCGGGUCGAUCCUUUUACCAGCAACUGCGGAAGAUGGUGUAUAUUCGAAAGCAACAGCAGCGACGGCAGCUUCAAGAGAUGAUGGUCAUUCAAGCCGAGCAGCGGCGGCGCGAGCGAGAGGAUUUGGAGCGUCGGCGACAUGCUGCUGCGACCGAGAUUCAACGAAUCGGCCGAGGUUACUUGGCGCGAAAGUGGUUUGCAAAACAGCAAGAAUUCCUUCGAGUGCGGCGGUGUGCGCUGCGCGUCCAAGCGGCGUUUCGAGGGAAGCUCGCGCGGCGGAAGAUUUGCGCGAUGCGGCGCCACCACGCCACGAUCCUGCAAAUGUACGCUCGUCGCAACAUGGAGUCGAAACGACUGCGGACGCUGACGGCGCACACGCGGGAGACGCAAGCGCUGUUUCGAAGGUUCUUGAGCGUAUUUGGACUCGAUCCGGCCACGUUCUUGAUGGACGUGGGGUCCUUGCUGCGUGAAAUCAAGACGGAUUUCAUCUCGUUCACGAAAUACUUUCUCCGAAUGCAAGCAAUUGCAAAGGAAGCCAAGACGAAGGACCGAGCAGCGCUGACUACCGCCGAGCUCAGGGCGUGGAAGGCACAGAUGGAGGUGGCCGAGAUGUCCCUAGCAAGUCACGUCAACCUGACACCAGUCACGCACGGCGACUCGGUCCGCAUCAUCCUGGCAGGCCAUCCCCGCAGCGGCGAGACGGCGUAUGUCCUCCACGUUCAAGACGAUGCCGACGUCGAUGUUCAAAUGGCGGAAAUCAAAAUGGACAGCGACGGUGCCCUCGAAUUCCUUCCGCUCUUUACGCAAGCGACACCGAUCGAAGCGCCCAAGCCCGUCUUCUUUAAGAUUCCCCCGCUGCAUUUUCAAGUGCCCGUCCGAAUCACCCCCGAGUGGAAGGCGGCGUUGGCAGCGUAUGCCGACCAAAUUCGUCUCGAGACCAAAUACUUUUUGGCCGCCCGGACGAUUCAAUGUGCCGCCCGCGUCUACUUGGCCCGCGUGCAGUACCAGGAGGAGCUGCAGUCGCAAGGCGUAGUCACCGCAAGACGUGAUGCGUUGCUGAUUCGGUUGCUUACCACGCUCGGCAUGGCGAACCAACGCACGGCCAGUGUGCUCCAGCGCUUGCGCCUCCUGACCUCCACCCCCAAGGGUCUUCCCGACACGCCGUUGGCGCUUUCGGUCGUCCAAGAUCGAUUCGAACAAGCGUCAGCCAAGCGCGCCGAGAUCCAGCACGCGUUUUCAACGCUCGAAGCGAUUGUUUUCAACGGCACCGGCGCGUUUGCCAACGAAUUGAUGCCGUUCCGAUUUCACAACGUCUUGGACAAGUUGGUGUUUCGACCUCUGCGACGGCUGCGCAAUUGCACCAACGUGGCCAUGGCACAAGCGAUGGCGGCCAAAGGAUGGUCCAAGUUGGCUCGGUUCGUUGGCGGCGCCGAUUUUGUCCGCACGUUUGAGCAAAAGAACAUUUACGUGCAGCAGGUCCAGUUCGAGCAGCUGCGCUACAGCUCGUACACGAAUUCGGACGGGUGGGCGGUCGUCCACGGCGUGUUUGUCGCGUCGACAAACUCGGCCGUGCUGGACCAUCCAUCAUCGUCGCUGACGCUGUCCUCAACCAAGCUCAUUCCACACGGGUGGGGCGUUGCCAAGUUCCUGGAAGGGGUUGGCGGUGACAAGAAAUGGGACUCCAAGCACUCGUUGAAAGCCAAGUUCAAGGCGCUGACGAUUGUUCGGGCGAUGCGACAGAAGGACCGCGAGGAUCGGCUCCGAGCCCAGAUCUGUGUCCACCAGGAAGAGUACAACGACUUGCGGUCCAAGGAAGGGCCGUACGGCUAUGCCCAGCGACACGCCAAGUUGAGCGAGCUGGAAGAUGCCAUCAAAAGGCAAAAGGCGCGGUGGGAAGCCGAGGAGGCUCAGCGACGGACAGAAAUCCACACUGUGUUUGCGGCGGAAGAGGAAAUCAUGGGGCGCAUGCACGAGUUCAAGGCCAAGAUGGUCAAGCACGGGGUCGUUCUGCGGGAGCUGCAGGCGCAACCGCCCGAGAUGGUCAUGGGGGUCGAGAUCGUGCCAAGUUCGAAGAACCCACUCACGUUCUUGGCGCUGGGCUGCAAGAUCGAGGUCGAAUUGGACGAUGGGCAGUGGCAUGAUGGCACUGUCGUGGCGCUGGAUGUGGGCCUCGGGGCCAAAUACACCGCAGACGUACUCAUGUCAUCCGACUAUUCCGUCGAGCUCAUCGAGCUCAUCCCCAAGAAGAACCGAAUGAAGGGGACUAUGGCAGGAUCGGCUCAGCCCAGUGGCGAGUCAUCGGCGCAAGAGGGAAAUGCCAAUGAAAGCGCUGCCGAAAAGAAGGACGAUGCCGAUGAAUCGAGUGACGCGGACAAGACGCUCGUAUCGACAGACACAGCAUCGAACAAAGGUACCCAGUCGAAGGACGACGGCGCCGCCGCGGCGGGAGUCAAAACCGAUGCCAACGAUGGCAACGGCGCGGAAUCCGAGACUGAGGAGGACAAACGACAGAAAGCACUGGAGGCACUGGACAACGCCGGCAAGCCACAGGAAGCCAAGUUGAAGCGCCUGGAGUUUCGCAAGUGGCGGAUGGGGGGAGCGAUCGAUGUGUCGUGGGACGUUCCUUUUGAGAACGGGACCGCCAUCAAGACGUACGUGCUCGACUGGGAAACGUCGUCGGCCACGGGGCAACUUUUUGUGCAUGGCAAGCGGGACGAAACUACGGGCCGGCUCGGCCCCCCCGAGGCACGCCUGACCAUAGGCCCGAUCUCGAUGGAUGGCGACUUCAAGCUCACAGUCAAGGCGGAGAAUGCUCGGGGCGUCGGGUUGGCCAGUCCGCUCGCGACCCUACUAGAGCCGCCAGCAGCAAUCAGCCACGAGCUAGCAUUUGAAUUCGCGCCACCAGCCAUCGACACGUCCCCGAUGGAAGCAGGCGAGCGCGGCACCAUGGCCAAGGAAGACGCCGCCAUGCACGAAUGGAUUCACCACCACACGUGCAUGGUGUGCAAGGUUCGCUUCGACAAGUCGGAAGCGUUGGAUCUGCACAUGGGCAUGGAGCACGGUCUGCCACUCGUGUGUCCUUUUCCAAGCUGCGCGCAGCCGUGUGCGACGUACCAAACACUUCGCUACCACAUGUGGCACUGCACCAACACAAAACUGACCCCGACCGAAGCCACGAUCCCACUGUUCCUUCGCAGCUUCGAGCUGUCGCCCAACUAUUGCUUGAAGAAACCUCGCCGCCAUCUCAUGCCACCCACGCAUCCCCAGGCCGACCAGGGCGAAGAGUUCUUUCUCGAGACAAAGUACCAAGGCGCCGUCACGACGUGGCUCCAUUACUCGCAUGACCGGCACACCAAGCUCGUCCGUGAAACGAGCCGCAAACAGCAACGGAAUAGCCAUCUCACGAGCGCAUGCGCCCCGCCAACCCCCCUGUUUGGAGUGGACUUUUUGUCUCCGGACGUAAACUUGAAGCUGCGCGACGACGCUCUUGCGCUUCUCGAGCGGUUGAAGGGCGAGCUGGUCCAGUACGUCGAAAACGCCAAGCUCAAAGUGUCGGGAUGGAACCAGGAACUCGCCGAGCUCGUCGAGUACAUUGAGAUGAAGUCGAAUCGGUUGGCGGGGGCGGAAGAAGCAUGGCAGCGCCAGGCGCUCAAGAAGGACAAGAAAACUGCGACCAAGAAGAAGGAGCUCGUCGAAGAGCUCAUGGCUGCAUUUGACAAAGAGUACACGACGACCAAGGCGAAAAUGGACGCCGAGAUCGCGCGCCUCGAUGCCGUCGUUGUCGAGUUGGUGCCGUUCACGCAACUUGUCGUCAAGGUGAACGAGCUCCGGUCUUUGCUGCAGCAAACGAGCCACCAAACGAAUCUCGUCAUGCUAAAGGACGAGACGAUCACGUCUGCCCUGCACAACACGCUUGUUCAACUCAUGAAGGCCAACGUGCAAGAGGUCGAGAUUCUCGAAGCGCACGACCGCGCGAUGGCAGCUCGAGCGCGGCAAUUAAAACGAUUGAAAGCCCAUUUGAAAGAGAUGCAACUGCGCCAUCGAGCAGAAGUCGAAGUUGCACGGCUGUACGACGUCGAAGAAAAGGACGAGCAUGAGCUCAAGGUGCUGCGAGACGAGCAGUACAGUUUGUUCAAGGAGCGCCAGGCCAUUCGUGAAAAUGGAGGCGACGACGAACUCUACUCGCCAGUGACAACCAAAAACCAAGCGCUUCAAAUCGCCAACACGGAUCCUGUUUUGUACGAGCGAUUCGUGCAUGGCCGGCGAAAGGACUUGGAGGCGGCCGGCGUGACGCUCGAGACGAUUGUCCGGAGCGAUAUCGACAAGGAAGCAGCGGAGGACGAAGCGGCUAUGCAAACGCGAAGGGAAAAGAAAGCUGCCAGGCAACUUGCUGCGGAUAGCGCCGCCCCGACGUGGUUGAAGCGCCCGCGAUCGACGACCCCAACCAAAUACGUUCGGCUCGAAUGCGCCUUUCACAAUGGCCUCAUUCAUGGCGAUGUCAAGAUCGAGUUCAAUGACGGGUCGACGUACGAAGGCCCGUGGGUCGAAGACUUGACAUACGUCCAGCCAUCGUGGGUCGUCCCGACCAAGACGGUGCACGUAAACCAGCACUGGGGCUCGUUUCUCUGCCCAGACGGGACCAAGUGGGAAGGCGAAGACGUAACAAAUCAGUUCACCCCCCCGACAGCGUGCGGCACGUUUACGAUCCAUUGCCCGCACUUGAACACCCAGUACAAGGGGGAAGUUGCGAACGGCGUGUUUCACGGCUUCGGCACGUUGUUCAUGCACCGUGCUCUCACAAGUGGCGAGUACGUUGGCGAAUGGAGCCACGGCGUUCGAGAGGGAUACGGCGUCGAAAUCUACGAGUCGGGCGAGCGCUACGAAGGCGACUGGGUCGCGGACCUGUACCAUGGCCAAGGAUUUAUCGAGUACGAUGACAAGUCACGGUACGAAGGGUCGUUUCGAUAUGGCAAGUGGCAUGGCCAGGGCGUUCGAACCAACGAAUUCGGAGACCGUAUCGUUGGUGUGUUUGAAAAUGGCGCGCUGGAUGGACCUGGCGUGUGUGAGUACAGCGACCGGCGCCACUACGUGGGUGAGUUUCGCCACACGAAGCGGCACGGUCGCGGCAUCUUGACCUACUCGAACGGCGAUCGGUACGAGGGUCCGUUUGUGGACGAUGAGCCCCAUGGCGAAGCCAAGUUUUUCACGCGCACGCCGGUCGAAGAAGGAGCCGAACCAGUGAUGCGUGUGGGGCUAUGGACGCACGGAGAGCGGACCGCGUGGUUGUCGCGACCAGUGACCAAGUUCGCCACCCUCACGUUUGUCCAGUACUUUACGCGAAUCCACCAAGUGAAUACGGGCCAAGAGAUCGAGCUCAUCAAGCCCAAGUUCAAGUCUCCGUACGCUGUCAUGGUGGCUGGCAUGCUGCCCAACCUCCCGCUCGGUGUCGACCCAGACGACCCGUUUGUGAAAGCGAUCGUGCGGUUGCUGGCCAAGACUCAAAGCGUCAUGAUUGGUGCCGACGUGCUGGAUCGCACGGUGCUCCAACUCAACAUCGUGUCCGAAAAAGUAUUGGAGUGCUCGGCGACGCUGGAGCGGCAGCGCAACGACGUUGAAGUGAGCGCGCGCCAAGUCCGAGACCAAGCACGGAUCGUGCGCGACGUCGCCAUCGACCUCGACUGCGCGCUGGACAAGGAGGCGGAGAUGCAGGUCAAAAUCGAACGGUUCUGGAAGACCGAUCCGCGGAAAACGGAAACCAAGUACAAGGCGGCCGUCGUCGCGCUCAACGAGAUCGACGCCAUGGACUGGUAUCGCGUUCGAAAGAGUAAACUCGACGACAACAUCCGCGGGCUCCUGGAAGGAUUUGCGGUCCUCUUGAAUUUCAAGAGCAACUUGGACUUGCACGGCGUCCCGUACAAGCCAAAGCCGGACGAUUUGCUCACGCUGCUGGGGUCCAGCGGGGAAAACGCUCUGUUGGGCGACAAAGAGAGCCUCAUUCACAAGUACGAUGUCAAGGCGCUGUACGUUCUCCCGCUGUUUGACGUGUACUCGUUCGCGGAAGGCGCGCGGCACCAGAUGCUCCAGAGCGUGACCCAGGUCGUGCACAACCCGCGACUGCGGCAGGGGAAUCUGCGCCUCGCGAUGCAGUCGCCGGCAAUUCCAGUGAUCGUGGGAUGGGUGCGAGCGGCGUUUACGUACGCCCAAACAGCGUGCGAAAUCUACCCCGUGUACAGUCGCCUGAUGGCCCACUUUGGCGUUGUUGAAGGGCUCAAAGCCGUCUUGAAGCGGGAGCAAGCGAUGCUUGUCGCGUUGCAGACGAACGCAGCAACGUGUGCAGCCGCCCUCGCAGCCACGUCCGAGAGCCUCGAGUAUUACAAGAAGGAAGAGAGUCAAUUGCAAAAGACGAUGGACGACAUCAAGGAGCUCGACACGAUGGAGGACUUGCCGACGCAACAAGACCGGGUGUUCAAAGCGAACCCGAUUGCGCCGCAAGAUCAAGCACGAAUGGAGGCCGAGCGCGCGGCGGCGGCGGCCGAGUUGGCCGAAAAAGUCCAGGCGCUCAAGCUCCACAUCGCACACGACGAGAACUUGCGCAACCAGUUUGGGAUUUUGAAAAAGGAUAUCCGCAAGGUGCUCGACCGCAACCAAGAUGUCGUGCCCCUCCACAAGUUUGCCAAGCUGUACGAGGACGUGACGCACAAGCGCCUCAACUUGCAAGCGUUCGGUGUGAAGAAGCUCAAAGUGAUCCUGGCCCUCACGACCGAUGUUUGCACGAUCGAGUACAACGACUUUGGCGACGACUUGGUCAAGACCGUCGUCGAUGCAGCCAACCCGUACGACCUGCCCAAAUAUGCCUUUCCAUGCAAGCUGUGCGUGGGCAAGAGCUACGAUUCGCACAACGAGCUCACGACGCAUCUCCAAUCCAAGUGGCACGCGAUGAACGUCUACCUUGAAAGCAUUGGUGCGCCGCCAUGCGUGUUUGACCGGCGGUCGCGGCACUGGGUCGAAACCUACGACGCGAACAAUCAAAUUCAGUUUACAAACCGCAUGACAGGCGAAGUCGUGGCGGACAAGCCCAUGGAGCUUCAGGCCGACGACGUCAUGGUCGAAAACAUGUUUCCCGUCCGCGACGAACGUCUGUUGCCGCCGCCGACGACGAACGACGACUUGGCGGAUCCAAAUGCGAUCGUGCAUUGGGAAGAAGUCGCCGACGACAAUGGCAACGUGUACUACUGCAAUCGCAUCACCAACGAGACGUCGUGGACGCUGCCGGAACCGCCAAACACACCCGCCGAGUCGGAAUGGCAGGAGUGCUUCGACGAGGUCAACUUGUGCCCGUACUAUGUCAACACGGCGACCGGCGAGUCCGCGUGGACGAUUCCUGUCCAACAAGGCAGUGGGAACAGCUAGGCUUUCGACAGAGACUAGCGAACGAGUAAUCGAGCACAUUGCGACAAUUCAACAGUGACUACC